CGCUCUCCCGAAGCUCUUCGGGCAGUGUCCGGACCGCGUCGGAGGGGGCGAGACUCCGGCGUCCGCCUCUUCACCCCAAUAUCUCCCGGCCUGACUCACGAGUGCUGAGGCGAGGGAGGGGACGGCUGCUCCCGCACACGGCUCGCGCUCAGGGCACCGGAGACAAGAUGCCAGGCCCGGGGCCAGUGUCCAACUGGACCGAGUGCAACUCUUCCGCAGAGCCUCCCGCAGCGGCCUGGACCGAGGGUGGCGGCGGCGGAUCAGCAGGACAUUCUUAUUACCAGAAUUCCAAAGGUACUGAUAGAAUCAAAGAUGGACAAAGAGUGGACUCACACACAGCCAAACUGCAGGAGUUAUGGAAAACUCCUCCAAUUCAGACAAUUCACAUUCCAAAAUCAAUGAAGGAUGCAUCCUUUCUAAAGCAUCCGGACCUCACCACAGGCCAAAAGCGCUAUCUGUGCACCAUUGCUAAGAUCUGUAACGCCAACUACCUGAGAGCACUAAUGAAGAGACAGUACAUGCACGUGAUUCAGCGCAGCUCCCAGAAGCCAGGCGUCCUCACUCAUCACAGGAGUCGCCUUAGCUCACGUUACUCCCAGAAACAGCAUUACCCCUGCACCACUUGGCGACACCAGCUGGAGAGAGAGGACUCAGGGCCUUCCAACAUCACCGCUGCCUGCACCCCUGAAAUGAUCGUGCCGCAUUCCCUUUGGCGACCAGUGAGAAACAAAGAAGGGUUAAAAACUGGAUAUGCACCUAAAACAAGAUGUAAGUCGCUGAAGAUUUUUAGAAGACCAAGCAGACUGUUCAUGCAACCAGUUUCUACAAAAGAUUCUGAAUCAUACAUGAAUGAAGAAAAAAAGGAAGAAGACUUACUAAAUAAGUGUAUGCAAUCAAUGUCAAUUGAAGAACAGGGAGAACAUCUGAUGGUGACCUGACAUUCCUGCAUAUUGAUUUGAAACAUCAGUUUACAUGCAGAUAAUGUGCCAAAGGUCGGGGAAAGGGUUGUGAAGUGUGUCCUCUCUCUCUGUUUGGGAUAGUAUUAAGUCAUUAAGUAGUUCUGGUUUGUUCAGAAACUUUUACAGCAAUGUAAUUGGUUUGAUGUAGUUCACUGUGCCAAUGUAUUUGUGUAAUAAAAUCUACAUGUAAUACAUGCUUGUAUUUCUAACUAGAUACUAUUAAAAUUUUUCUUGCCACUAAACUUGAAUUAUUUUUCUUUAAGCCUACCAUGUAUUGUCCGCGGUGCCUGUGUUCAAGUAACCCUUAUUUUACUUAAUAAUGGCCCCAAAGCGCAAGAGCAGUGAUGCUGGUAGUUCGGAUAUGCCAAAGAGAAGCCUUCCAUUAUAUUAUUAGUUACUGCUAUCUUUUAUUGUGCCUAAUUUAUACAUUGAACUAUAUAUACUAAACUAUACAUAUAUAUAAAAAUAUAUAUAAACCAGAGUAUAUAAAGAGUUCAGUAUUAUCUGAGGUUUCAGGCGUCUACUGGGGGUCUUGGAAAGUAUCCCCUGUGGAUUAAGAGGGAGUACUAUAUUCUGUAUUUUUUUGAUUGGUCUGAGGAAAAUUCUACAUCCUGAUACAAAACAGCAUUCAACAGAGAUUAACACCCUGGCUUGCAAAGUAGGCACUCAAUACAUAUUUGUUGCUUGAAUACAAUUUUAAAAUGGAAAUACCAAUUUGUCCUAUUUUAUGAAAAUUGCUACACAAACACCUGGCCUCUCAAGCUAGAUUAAGUUGGGAGUAGUUCCACUGAUGAGAAAAUUCUAUCAUAUAUUCACUCGUGCUGCUCUGCUAAAGCGUUUUAAAAAAUACCUUGUUAAACCUUGAAAAAUUAAAAGCUACCGCUUAAACAAUCACUGCAGAUUUCAUGUGCAAAUAAGUAUAUUAUGUACAAAACAAAUAUUUAGAAAAUAAAAUCUGAAUUCAACAUUAUGACACAAAAUGUUUUAAGAGAUAAGAGAGCUCUGAAAU